AUGUCCCGACGGUCCCGACCCCUGGAAGCCCAAGCCGGGCCGGGCGCGGCAGUCGGGCCGCCGGGCCUCCCCUCCCCUCGCGCGGCCUCUCGCGCGCGCCCCCGCCCCGCGAGCCGGGCCGGGCCGGGCCGCGGCGCCGCGGGGAGAGCGCGGGGAGGGCGCGGCGCGCGGGCGGCGGGCAUGGCGCGGGGCCGGCGCGGGCGGCGCGGGCGGCGCGGGCGGGGCGCGCUGCUGGCCUGCGCGGCGUGGACGGCGGGCUGGGUGCUGGCGGCCGCGCUGCUGCUCCGCGCGCACCCGGGCGUGCCCUCGGAGCGCUGCACCGACGAGAAGAGUCGGCGCAUCCUGGCCGCGCUGUGCCGGGAGUACGAGGGCGGGGUGCUGGUGGGAGACCUCUGUGAGGACCUGUGCGUCGGGGAGAAGCUGCUGUACCAGCGCUGUCUGUACUUCGAGAGGGGCAAGAAGGUGCUGCAGGCCGACUGGCGCGGCCGGCCCAUCAUCCUCAAGUCCAAGGAGGAGGCCUUCUCCAGCUUCCAGCCGCUCGUGCUGCUGGAGGACGCGGCCGACGGGGGCGGCCAGGACUUCCCCGAGGCAGAGCUGCUCCUGCUGGUGGCCGGCGAGGUCAAGAACGCCCUGGGCCUGGAGCUGUCGGGCGGCAGCCUGGGGCCGCUGUGGCCGGGGAGGCGCGGCCCUCGCUGGCGGGGCCAGCUGGCCAGCCUCUGGUCCCUGCUGCAGCAGGAGGAGUUCGUCCUCUUCAGCCUGCUGCAGGACCUGAGCCGGCACGCCCUGCCCGUGCUGGGCUCCUGCGGCCACUUCUACGCCGUGGAGUACCUGGCCGCCGGCAGCCCCCGCCACCGGGCCCUCUUCCCCCUGGACGGGGCCACGGGGGCGCCCCGGGGCGGCCGGGGCCAGGCCAAGGCCAUCAGCGACAUGGCGCUCAGCUUCCUGGACAUGGUGAGCCAUUUCGAGGACGACUUCUCUCACCGCCUCCACCUCUGCGACGUCAAGCCCGAAAACUUUGCCAUCAGGAGUGACUUCACGGUGGUGGCCAUCGACGUGGACAUGGCCUUUUUUGAACCUAAAAUGAGGGAAAUUCUCGAGCAGAACUGCACAGGAGAUGAAGACUGCAAUUUCUUCGACUGUUUCUCAAAGUGUGAUUUGCGCGUCAACAAGUGUGGAGCAGAAAGAGUUAACAGUAACCUGCAGGUCAUCUGUGACAAGAUAUUCCGCCACUGGUUCUCCUCGAGUCUCUGGAGCUCGGCCCUAUCCUUCCCGCUGCAGCGGCAGUUGCGGGAGGCGGUGCAGGAGUGCGCGGACCCCCGGCGCACCGCGCGCAGCCCCCCGAGAGCAGCCCCCGACGUGUUCUGGAAGCUCCGGCGCCUCCUCCGAGCCACGCAGAGGGAACUGCAGGAGGCAGAGAAGUAGCCGCCGCUGUGGCCUUGGGCGGGUCCCCUCGGGUUGGGUGUUGUGGGGGAGACGUUCCUCUGGGCCAGGGAAUCCAGGGCUGUGCUCUGUGCAGUGGUUUUCUGUGGGGGGGGUCCCUUGGAGCGCCGUGAACCCGCUGGUCAGCUUCUGUCUGGAGCAAGGUUUCCAUGAAAUUGGGUGUAAAGCGAAGGGCCAGUGAGCGAGGGAGGGGCAGGGCUCUGCGUCUGUGUCCCUACGACUGUUGGCUUGCAGGGGGAGAGCGGAGGGUCUCCGGCGGGCUGACCCUGGGAUUGCAGCCCUUCAGUAGCCUUGGCUCUGAGCCAACUGGCCGGGGGCAAAGCUGGCUCAGGAAAGGGAAAAUGUUCCUUUUCAUUUAGACCAAAAUGGAAGCAAGUGUUUUUGUUUAUCAUGGAGAUAAUGCAACAUGUAACUACAACACAGUGGUGCUCUUAUUGCUGAAAAGGAGCAGUUUUAUCCCUUUCCCCUGUGUUUGACCACCCCGUCUCUCUCUCUCUCUCUCUCUCUCUCACACACACACACACACACACACACACAGGAGCACCCCUUUCCCAUCCCACCUGGAGAAUUCCAUGGAACAGCAGAGACUCCUAAACUAUCUGUGGUAGUUUUUGUUUUUUAAACACUUUCAAACCCUUGCAAAACCAUGCUUUUAUAUAAUACAAUCAACAAACACUGCUGUCAGCAUUUAAUAUUUUUAAUGUGGCAAGUGAGAUCGUCUCUUGCUGAUCUGAUUGAGCAGAGUAGAGAAAACUCUCCCGAGCUGUGUGCUCAGAGGAGGAAGUCCAGCAGGUUCAGGUUCCUCCUUUUUCAGCUUUCCCAAAUUAAUGCAAGUGGUGCUUCAUUCAUCUCUAGUCCCGCGUCACAAGCCGGUUUUUACCAUGUUUCUUGAUAAAUCAUGGUUAAAAUUAUCUUUUGAUCAAGUGAUUCCAGAUUGUAAGCUGUUGGGUUAUAGUUGAGACACGUUGUAUCUGCCCAGAAAUUGUAGGCGCUACUGAGCAUGUGAUAAAAACCUGUCAAGAAGGGGUUGGACAGCCCCCUAAUGUCACAUGGCUACAGACAUUUCUAAACCAUCCCAGUUCUCAUCUCCUCAGAGGGAGGGGAACAAGCAGUUCACAGAUGUGCCAUCUCCAAGAAGUCCUCCAAGCCUGCCUUGGUACCACGCUCAACACCAGCCUGCCAGACGCCCAUGAUGAAUGCCCAGGAUGUUAAAUUAUUGGAAGAGCAGCUAUUUUUUUUUUUUAAGAUUUUAUUUAUUUAUUUGAGAGAGAGAAUGAGAGACAGCACAAGAGGGAAGAGGGUCAGAGGGAGAAGCAGACCUCCUGCUGAGCAGGGAGCCCGAUGCGGGACUCGAUCCCGGGACUCCAGGAUCAUGACCUGAGCCGAAGGCAGUCGCUUAACCAACUGAGCCAGCCAGGCGCCCUUUUUUUUUUUUUUUUUUAACUUUAAUUUGGAAGCUGUUCUUUGAGCAGCUGGGGGUGAGGGAGUUUGGCUGGAAUUUUCGGAAGCCAAGGACCCAAUAAAGGACCCACGGGCACUCGCAGUGGGUGGACAAAUGCCACUCUGCAUGGUAACACAGGGACAUUGUCCCAGCUUUCGGACUCUGGAAGCUGUGCAGAAGUCUUCGAUCCUGAUGUUGACCCCGGCCCUGCGCAUGUGUCUUUCCUGGGGAGGGUACUUCAUUCUGCCGCAACGUGCUGAGGCCGAGCCUCCGGAGAAAUCCUACGGGAGGAUGUGAACCGCAGAGCAGACGCCUUUGCUGGGGUCCCCGCUUUGAGUUUCUUGAUGGGGCCACCGACACAGUCUGGAGUCCCACGAACUUUGCUUCCUGUCUCUAGGAGACGUCUCCGAGCUUCGGAACAUGCCCGCCCUUCCCUCUGCUUCCUCGGGAGGUGCGCUGGGCCCGCCUGCAUCUCUUGCCGCUCCUGCAGGUGCCCGCAUCCCCAGCGUUUGCGCGGCAUGAGCGCUGGGGUCGGGCCAUCUGAAAUUUUCUCUGAGUAACACCGUUUACCAGUGUUGUGACAUCGGGCAGGGUAGUUCACCGCUCUCUGCCUCAAUUUCCCCAUCUGAAUGCAUUAAAGGUUGGAAUCCCUUGUCUCGGGGGUGCCGCGGACUGAAUGAGGCCAUGCAUGGGAGUGUGGGCGCGCCUCCAGGGCUCUGUAACCCCUAGUUAUUUUCAGCCACGUGAAGCCACAAGGCUGGCUUUGAGGGGGGGAUAUAAUGCGUCCU